AUGGACUUGGACCGUCCAUCUUCAACAAGGUCAACACGGAGUUUCUUAAUUAUACCAAACCUAGAGAGACCUUCAUUGACUGUGCCUCGUGAAGCUCCCGGGAAAACAGCAGGCCACAAUGAGUUCCCUCUCAGCAGAAAGGAAGCCCCCUCUGGACUAUGGUGUCCAGAUCCGCUUCAUCAAAGAUCUGGAUGACACCGGCGGAGGGUUCCCAGACAGGACUCGACUGGCCGGCGGAGUUGGUGGUGUUAGCAAUGGAAGUCCUUCACCCUCUAAAUAUGGAGUAGCUGUGCGGGUGCAAGGAAUUUCAGGACAACCAUAUGUGGUGCUCAAAGAUGGAGAAAAAGGAGACUCUUAUGGGGUACAGCUGAAGACUCAACCACAAACCCAAAGCUCAGCCCCAGGUAUCUCUCGGUCUUCCCCUUACAGAAGUCUUCUGCCGGUACAAAGGGAAGGGGCUCGGACUCCCCAGGACUCUUAUACCCCAGUUGGUCAACCUAGCACUCCAGAGGAGGAAUAUGGGAGCCAUUUAAAGAGGCCACCUGGUGACGGACAAGCGGGAAGCCAAGGAGAGGACGAGGGCAGGCCUACAGAAUGCCUUACCCCUUCUAAUCUGGCUCCCAGGGUGGACAACAAGGACAAUGAUGAUUUUAACGAAGCAGGGCUUAGGAAGGUCAGGCAGAAUGGAAUUGGUGGUAGUAUGAAUGGAACAGGAGUAAAUGGAUCUUUCCCUCCUCCUUCCACAGGCUCAUUGGAUGAAGAGCAAGCCCCAGCAAUAGAUACCAAGUCAUUGGCUCCCAUUAAUAAACUUAUCAGCCGGUUUGGCGGUAGUGAUGUUCCCAAUUUAGAACCCCGAACUCGGCCUCACUUUGAUAACAAAGUACGAUCCCAAAGCGUUGAUGCCCUGAACAAACCUAACGAUGAGCCCCCUCCGACUUCGCCAACUAUUAACCCUUAUGCUUCUGUUACACCAGCCACAGUGCCCAAACUCAGCUCACCUAAACCAUCAACUGGCAGUCUAGGACGGGACUCCACCUUUGUUACUAAAGUUGCCACGGUCCCCAAUUCUAAACCCCUCACUUUCAACCAAUCACCAAAGCUGUUUGCUCCCAAGGAGGCACCGCCUUUUGUACCAAAGAAACCAGUGACCCCUGACCUCAUAAAGAGCCAGACCCCGAGUAGAGAAUUUGAAAACGGAGAGGAUGCCCAGGCCAAACAAGCCAUUUACAACAUUCUUAAAGAAGGGUCUAUUGAGAGCGAGAUGGCCAUCAAACGUAAAGCGAGUCUCAUUCAUGAGAGGUUCGGUGGGGUGAAGCAGAGUCCUCAGAUCCUAGUUACUGACAGCAAUCUGAAGACUGAACUGGAGCAGGCUUUCAACAAGAACACACAAUUGCAGCAACUCCUGGACAAGACCAAGAGAGAACUGCAGGAAAACCAGGACCAAAUGGUGGAGUUACGGAUGGAUAGAGAGGGGGCGGAGUCUCGCUUACAGCACCAGGAAGAUCAGCUGGCUCAACUCCAGGAAGAGCUUCGACGAAUGUCGGAAAAUUCACCACAGUCUGACACCAUUCAGCUAGACUUGAUGACGGUACAGGCGGAUCUGUCGGAGUCUCUGAUGCUGCGGCAGAAGCUGGAGGACACUUUAAGGCAGAGAGAGCGAGAGCUUACCGCUCUCAAAGGGGCCCUGAAGGACGAGGUUGAGUCUCAUGAUAAAGAAAUGGAUGCCCUGAGAGAGCAGUACAGUCAAGACAUGGAGGCCCUGCGUCACAGCAUGGAGACUGUCUCACAGUCUCAGCUUGAAAUCGAGGACGAGCGUCAGAAAGUGAACGCUUCUAUCUUGGCUCUGGAGGAGGAGCUGGAGAGCUACAAAGAUCAAAGUGACCAAUGGAAGGAGAAGUUUAACUCUGCCAACCAAGAGCGGGGGCAGCACAGCGCAUUUCAAAAACUGCUUCAGGCUCAGCAGGAAAAGAAGCAGCUUGAAGAGAAGCUGUUCACAAUUAAGAAACAAUCAGAUGAAACAGAUUCACACCCAUUAACACAGGAGUUGCAGCGUUGCCGAGAUGAUUUAAAGAGAGCACAAUCAGAAUUGCACAAACAGAAAUCAGAGGCAGCUAAAAAGGAGGAGGAGCUUAAAUCAGUGAUGAGAGCCAAUGAGAAGCGAGAGAAAGAACUGAAGGUAGAGAUUGACAGACUUGAAGACCAAUUAAAGAAAGACAAAGUGGAACUUUCAAAAGCACUGGAGAAGACACAACAGUCCUCCGUGUUGGAGCAAUCUCAGGAUGCUGGGAGCAACCUGGAACUUCAAGAGGCGAACGCUCGCUUGAGAGAGAGAAUAGCACGCAUGACACGACUACAGUCCAGCGUUCCAGACAGCAGCUCCUCAGAUGUUCUGGAGGAGGAGAACCGGAGCUUGAGGAACCAGUUGGAGGAGUCACGACGCACAGCGUCUCGGCUGGGACAGGAAAAAGACGAGUUCAGCAGACGUCUGGAGGAGAGGGAGAGGGAGAGAGAAUACCUGAGAAAAGGCAAGAGUGAACUGGAGGAGCAGAAGAGACUGCUGGACCGAGCGCUGGAGAAGAUCAAUAAAGAGAUGGAGACUAUGAUGGGAGAUUCACGUCAGUCUGUGCAGGUUCUUCAGUCUCAGUUAGAUGAGUUCAAAGAUCGCACUCGUAGAGAGCUGCAGGAUGCUCAGAGACUCAGUAAAGACAGACUAACUGAGCUACAGAGAGCACAGACCCUCCUCAAGACCACACAAGAGGAGGUAUCUCGUCUGAAGAAAGAUCUUUUAUCAUGUUCAGAGGAGAGGGACAGUGCUCAGCUGGAUAAAGAACUAUUGAGCAGCCGUCUUAAGCAUCUGGAGAGUGAGCUGGAGACAGAGAGAAGCUCACAGACGGACCGUGGCAGAGAGAUACGACAGCUAGAGGAUAAACUGAAGACGUUAGACAUCGAGCUGGAUGAGGAGAAGAGUGGGGCAGAGUUACUGAAUGAACGCAUCACUCGCAGCCGAGAGCAGGUGGAUCAACUUCGCUCUGAACUGAUGCAGGAGCGCUCUGCCAGACAUGACCUUGAGAUGGAUAAGAGUGCCUUGGAAAGACAGAUCAAGGAGUUGAAGUCUCGUUUAGCUGAUCUGGGCACUCAGACUCGUCCUUCUGCGGGAGUUACACUGCUAGAAAACAAAAUCCAUGAGCUGGAGGACCGAUUACGCAGUGAAGAGAGAGAGAAAAACACCAUCCUGGCAGCUCAGAGGAGAUUGGACAGGAAGCUGAAAGAUGUGAUGGCCACCCUGGACCAGGAGCGAAACCAGCACGCUGAACAAAGAGAUCAGCUAUCUCUGCGUGUGAAGGCUCUGAAGCGUCAGCUGGAUGAGAGCGAGGGGGAGGUGGAGCGUCUGGAGGGAGUCAGACGGAAGGUUCUGCGGGAGCUGGAGGAGCAGAGGGAGCUGCAGGAGGCGCUGCAGGCCAAAGUCAACACACUGGAGAACAAGAGAAAGGUCAAGCAAUCACGGCGCCCGACUCUAGGAUCCCCCCUGAGUUCUGAGGAAGAGGAAGAUUACUCUGAUUCUAAAAGUAUCACGUCCAUACUGACCGAGACCCCUCUUCAGACCACCAACUGUUAAAAACAGAAAAUGACGGUCUUCUUGCAUAUAUACUGGAAGGUAUUCUCAUCUAGUAGAGACCUGAAUGAUUGCUGGCCUUGAUCAUUAAUAUUAAGAAUAUUUAAGUAGGAUGCAACUGAAGUGAAUUCAGCACAUUCUGAAAGUGAACAGUAAACGCUGUAAUGGCACAAUAGUCUUUUCAACAGGAAGUGAUGUCAAUUGUUUUUGACAUUGACAGCCGUUUGACUGCUUGGUCCCAGAAUUAAACGCUAAGAUUCGUCAACCAAAAGCACCUUUAAUAUUGUUCGUGCCAAAACGGGCAAUUCAGAAAUGUUGUUUUUCCUGUAAGAAGUUUUGUUUUGAAAUACUCUGAGUGUGAUAUUAAGUAAAUUGUACUUAAGUAAAAUGUGAGUUAGUUUAAGGAUUUUUACAUUCUUGAAUCUCUUUUGUAUUACCAAAUUUCCCAGUGGUUUGUAGUGAAAAUUAUGAAUGAAUUGAAUUGAAUUUUUUAUACAUGAAGGAACAUAUGAACAUACGAGGUCAGUUUUAAACAGUGCAGAUUUACAAACUGUGCUUUAACUGUAAAUUUAUACAGCUUUUUGGAAGUCUCAAAAUAAAAGACUUAAUUUCAUAUGACACACUGCCAGCAGUUUCAUGGUCUAAUACAAACUAUAAUGAAGGAUCUAAGAAAUGACUUCUUUCCUACUUGUUAAGCUUUAAUGCAAGAUUUAAAAAUAAACUUGCAAUAUAUGAAUGACAACUUUUGUGCCAAGUUGUUUUGAUGUAAUGGCUUUGAAAUAAAUAAUAAAAAUGGUUGCCUUCAAUUUUCAGACAGUUAAUAGCAAUCUUUUUGCAGUAAAAUGCUUUUUGAUAAGUUUUCUGAGACACAUACAGUAUGUAUAUUCAGAUUGAUCAGAAUUAUUGAUCAUCAUUUUCAACUCUUUAUAGAACUGAUUUGGAAUUGUUUCAUUUUACAUUGUACAAUAUUAGAUAUGUAAAUACUUUCCUAUGUUUAAAGUUUAUGCAUCUACUUCAAAGUAAAAGUUAUAAUUUACUUUAUCUUUUGCAAUGUUACUUCACCAUGUUCUGUUUUUUUUU